UGAUAAUUAAGCUUCCGUCAAGACAAAACCGGCACUCCCGAGUUUCUCACUAUAAAUAUUUACCAAAACCCUAACCGGGGAUCUGUCACGCGAAAGCAACAUGGGUAAGGUUCAUGGAUCUCUGGCUCGUGCUGGUAAGGUGAGAGGCCAAACUCCCAAGGUAGCGAAGCAGGACAAGAAGAAGAAGCCACGUGGCCGCGCCCAUAAAAGGAUGCAGUACAAUCGACGGUUUGUCACCGCAGUUGUUGGUUUUGGCAAGAAGAGGGGACCCAACUCAUCUGAGAAGUAGGGCGUAGCUUGUUGAGAGUUUUGAGGAAUUAAUUUAUCUUUUUCCUCUUUCUUUUUCUUUAUUGUACUGCUUUUUAAGACUGGUAUUAAGUGCUGAACUGCUUAGUCUACUAAGAUAAGAUUCAAUGUGAUUUUAUCACCAUGGUGAACUGUGCUAUAUUUUGUCUGCUUUUAGCUUCGAUGUUACGAUCACACUUGCUACACUGAAUUCUGUCAUGUUAUAUGUGUUUUUGACAGUCCUGUAAUAAGGAUGAAUUUGUUAAGGAAACUCACAAAACAUAGUAGUGACAUAGCCAAAAUGGCUAUGGUUGAUUAUCU